GUCGUCCGGUGGCAAUUUGCCAAACUUCCCGUCGCUAAUGCUGCCCUACUGCCGCCGCAAUGAGGCCGAUGAUGAUUCCAGCAUCGUCGGAAUAAAAGAAUGCAAGGGGGAAUACUGCCGCUGCUUCCACGACGUCGUCACCAACGAAUUCCACCACGUCGACUUCCCCGAAGCAUUCGGCAAAACCUGCCGUGGCGGCGGCUUCGGUUGGCUGGCCUUCACCCAGGAAACCCCUUCAGGUUUCUUGAUCAACCCCGCCACCAGACAACGGAUCGAUCUCCCUCCGAUCACGACGCUGCCGGGCGUGGUGAGUUACCGGCCAGACCGGGCCGGGUUCGAAUACGUGCGCCAGGACGUAUCUUUCUCCGACGGCGAAGUGUACCGGGUGGGAGAAAGCGGGUCGUGGAUGGCGCACUUUUACGUCAACAAAAUAGUCAUGUCCACCGACCCGGCCCACACGGACUGCGUCGUGAUGGGCCUGUUCGAAAGCUGCUUGGGAGGCCUCGCGCUCUGCCGGCCGGGGCUCGACGCCGAGUGGACCGCCGUCGUGGGCUCCACCAACUGCUACACCGACGCCGUGUUCUGGAGGGAUCAAUUCUACGCCGUGGACUACCUCGGGAACGUCGACGUGAUCUCUUACAACCCUGGUGAUGGUCUUCCGACAAAGUCACGGUGGCUUUCUACUCUGCGCGACGGUAGAUAUCUGGGCAUCAAUGAUCACUACUUGGUGGAAAACCCGUCUGGGGAACUCAUGUUGGUGCACAGGAACAAAGACUGGAGAGAUUGUGACUUCCCGCCGCAGGAGCGGGAGGAGCUUCAUUUCGACGGCGAAGAAGACACCACGCACGUGGCUUUUCACGGUCCCAAAGCGAGGCUGGACUUGUACGAGACGGCGGCGUUCAAGGUUUUCGAGCUGAAUCGGGAUGAUUGGGAAAGAGUGGACAGCGUAGGGGAUUACGCAUUGUUCGUCGGAGGCAAUCGAGCGAGUUUUGUUUCCGCGGAGGAGUACCCUAGAUGUAGAACAAAUUGCAUCUAUUUCACGGAUGAUUAUAGCGAAGGUCACGAGGCUCACUGCCAUGGCGGCUACGAUAUCGGCGUGUACGACGUUGGAAAAGGAAUUGUCGAGCCGUUUUCUUGUCGGGGGUUAUAUGAUCCUGUUCUGAUUUGGCCGCCGCCGGUGUGGGUAUUUCCUUCGAAAUGAUUUUUUGAAUUAUUGCGAGAGCUUGGACAAUUAUUUUUAGGAUUUAAUUAUUAUUUAUGUUUUAUUGUUGUGGUUGGAUUUCUUAGUUUACGUAGAAUAUGGUCGAAGGCGCUAGCAUUAUUCGAGUAGGAGGAGUAGAGGAGGCCGAUUCAUAGAAAUGUUUAUUUUUGUUUCCUUCCUUGUUGUUAUGUAGAAGAAUACUAUUUAACUAUUUGGUUCUUUCUUUAGUUUUUUCCAUACUAUUAAAUUCUUUAGUUUAUUUGUUAGUGCGUGUGUAGAAAAUUAUUAGACGCCGUUUGGGU